AUGUCACCCGCGGCAUCGUCACCCAGAUUACGCUACCAAGCAGUAGCGAGCACUAUCACCACGACAUGCUUUAUUUCUAAUCUGCAUUGCCCGUCAUGUGUCGACGGUAUCCAGGCCUCUCUCAGCGCGCUCGAUCCCCCGCCACAGGACGUUUUUGUUUCCAUCGUUUCGCAUUCAGUGGUUGUGCGCCACGCCACAAGCCUUGACGUCGACGACAUCACGGUCUCGCUCGAGGCUGCUGGAUUCGAGAUCCAUAGUGUGUUUCAGGACAACAAGGCGGUUAGGAAUCCGAUU